CGGACUUUUGCUACUCUACCACUCUGAGAUUCCGAAUCCUGUGUAAAAAAUGGUAAAUUCAACAAGAUACUACCAUUGAUUUCUCCCCACGUCAUAUCUCCUCUUCGGAAUUGAACCCAUGUUGAAACUUCGUUUACUCUCUUUGAAGUAUUCGUGCACGUGCCUAGAACACUAGAAGAAGAGAAUGUCCACCUCCACCGCUUUUCAUGUUAUAACCGUCGUUGGUGCGACAGGAAAUCAAGGAGCUGGCGUUAUCCAGGCGCUGCUCGGCUCUAGGAACCCAGAUGGAGGUCUCUGGCAUGUCCGAGGUGUAACGCGUGAUCCCAACUCACCAAAAGCGAAGUCGUUUCUAUCCGCCCACCAGACAAGCGACAAACGCCUCUCUCUCGUUUCAGGCGACGCGUACGACAAAAAUUCCUUGCAUGUCGCCUUUGCAGGUGCAUAUGGCGUGUUUGCCAUGACUUCCGAGACCCAUACGGGAAGAAUACUGGAGAAGGAUGAAGAAAUGAAGCAUGAGAUCGACGCCGGUCAGAAUAUGGUCCUGGCUGCCGAAGAGUGUGGUGUCAAGCAUUUCGUCUUCAGUAGUCUGCCGGACAUGGUCAGCGCGACGGGGGGUCGAUUUGUGAAUAUCCAUCACAUGAACAAUAAGUAUGAGAUUGAGAAAUUCGCCAGAGAAAGACUUAGCGGCGGGGUGACUUGCCUUAUUCCAGGAUUCUUUUAUACUAAUUUGCGUUGGCCUCAAUAUUCGAUUCGCCGAUCAAACGGCGUCGUUGAGUUUCGUAUUCCCAUCCCCGGUGGCCAAGUUGCACAGUGGACAGAUCCAAUCCACGACAUGGGAAAUUUCGCAGCGAGAGUAUUCGAGCUCGGCGUCCCAAAAACCCACGGAAAGAGCUACUUGGUGCUAAGCUCUCGCACCACACCCGAUGAGAUGGUAAAGACAUUCACAAGAGUCACCGGCCAGCCUGCGAUCCACGAUCCCAUAUCUGCGGAGGAGUUCGCCGAGAUGACGGCUCCGCGCGUCGGUCCGGCCUUUACGGAAGAUGCCAAGGAGAUGAUGGAAUGGGCUGCUGUGGCGCCCGCGGAUAGGAUCUGUUACGGGGCUUUCGCUGAAGAUCAGGAUCGCUCGUUUGAGGAACUUGGUCUGAAGGCUUCUACUUUUGAGGAGUGGCUUCGCCGCAGUGGAUGGAUGGGUUGAAAUAGUAGUAGAGUAAUUGGGCUACCUAGUGUGUUAUCAACUCUACUACUGCUUAGCUUUCUGCCUACGUACCCUUACCUAGUUUGACA